AUGCACCCGAAAGGAUCAUGUGAUUUUCUAGACCAGUGCACGAGCAAAUAUCCGAGUCGUUUGUUCAAUGUCACUCCCGAAAGAGACUCUACUCCAGUACGACGGAUAGCCUUCGCUUUGGAAAAUAUAAUUGACCAGUUGGGAAAGCCUCUUGUGCCUUCCACGCAGUCUCUAGCGCAAGCAUUAGUGUACAAGUUCAAUGGGCCCCAUCGUCGUCAGGGAUUCUGGAUGAUUUAUAAAAACCUCUCACGAGCUCUGCGGAAAUAUAACGGAGAAGACCUCUUGACCAAGGUUUCAGAUUUGCAUAAGAAAGCAACUGCAAGUGGUGCAGGAUUCUAUAUGCCGACUGUGGAGGUUUUGCGUUACAUAGGUGCGGCCUAUUUGAAAAGGCUGUUUAGACUUCAGCAGAUUCGGGAUUUAUGUGUUCGUACUGCUCACGUAAUAAUGGGACAGCUGGAGUUGGGUCAUUGGGUAAGUGAGACCCUUAUACUAGAACGGCCACCUUAG